UCAUGCCCAUGCACCACCCUUGGGAUGCUGCACUUCUACUGACAUGACAUGCUCUGUGUUUCAGAGGAAGGGAAGACACCUUUUAUCCUAAUCAUUGGAGCAACAACAGGUGGAUCCCUGGUAGUACUCCUGUUAUUUGUUGUGAUUUGUGUUAUGAGAUGGAACAAGCCUACACUACAUCAAGAGGAUGAGCUUAAUUCCGAGUGUGAGACCUCAGCUACAUGUGAUGAGGAAGGGCCUGCCCAUACUUAUGGACCCAAACCUACAGAUGACCAGCAAGUGGAGCUCCACUAUGGGGAGAUCAACCUCUCCAAACUGCCUCUCAGAGACACCCACGAGGGGCAGGAGCAGGGACCAGGGCAGGAGACAGAGUACGCAGAGAAGUGCAAGGCGUGAAAACAAGAAAGCUCAUUUACAUUCCAGCCUAGCUAGGAGCAGCUUCCUCUUUUUGGACUCUAGGAAGUGUGCUGAAUUUAAAGACGAAGUGAUGAUCUUCCUCAACACCUUCUUUUUCUUUCAUCUCCUGUUCUUCGCAGUAGGGGAACGGUCAUACUCGGUAUCACUGCCAGAGAGACUCUAUGCCUUAGGGGGAUUCUGUGUGGUGAUUCCCUGUUCAUUUGAUAUCCCUGAUUUUGAAACCAAACUGAACAUCUCUAAGUCAAUUAAUGGAUUGUGGAUUAAAGGCGGAGAAAACUUUAAUAAUCUCCCAGUGGUUUUCAAUGGCACUACUAACAUAACCAAGUUGUUUGAGAGAAUAGAGAUCACUGGAAAUCUACAUCAGAGAGAUUGCACAACUAUCUUCUACAACGUGACUCAAAGCCAUGCAGAUAAAUACCACUUCAGAACUGAGAUGACCAAUGAACUAUAUACGUUCAAGGAGUCAUUUCGUCUGAUUGUUGAAGAUUCUCCAUUGAGUCCACAGGUAUCAGAGAUGUCUGAGGUGUCAGAGGGGACAUCAGUGAAUCUGACCUGCACUGCUGCUGCUCCCUGUCUCUCUCAGUCUCCUACCAUCACCUGGUCUCUUCCCACUGGGAACACACACACUCACAUACAGGACGAGAAGGAUGGCAACAGAUCCCUUGUGUCUUGUUUGACCUUCACUGCUUCCCAUAGUCACCAUGGGAGAAAAAUCUACUGUACGGCUUCUUACCCCAGACAGAACGGCAGCUCUGUGGAAGCCUACAGCACUGUGCAGAUACUCAGAGUCUUGUUCUCUCCUGUGAAUGUGGUGGCCUCUGUGAGCACUUCAGGUCCAGCAGCAGAGGGCAGUAGUGUGACUCUGACCUGUAGCAGCAGUGAGGCCAACCCUCCAGUGCAGAACUACACCUGGUUUAGAAGGGGCCAGCACACACCUAUAGGAUCUGGACAAACCCUCACCUUCAAUCUCAGCUCCAGUGAUGAAGGACAGUACUACUGCAGGGCAGAACAUCCACAGGGGGGAAAGGAGUCUGCUGCAGUUAAUCUGAUGGUCACAGAGGAUAAAAGGAUUUUUUUCCUAACCAUCGGGGUAUCUGGAGGAUCUCUGGCAAUAGUAGUCCUGAUGGCUGUACUGAUCAUUUGUGCUAAGAGAUGGAACAAGCCUACACUACAUCACGAGGAUGAGCAUAAUUCCGAGUGUGAGACCUCAGCUACAUGUGACGAGGAAGGGCCUGCCCAUACUUAUGGACCCAAACCUACAGAGGACCAGCAAGUGGAGCUCCACUAUGGGGAGAUCAACCUCUCCAAACUGCCUCUCAGAGACACCCGCGAGGGGCAGGAGCAGGGACCAGGGCAGGAGACAGAGUACGCAGAGGUCCGUUUGUCAGGCAGAGACGUCUCGGCUAGUGAUCAGACAGGUCUAGACAAAGAAGAGCUUUACGCCAAAGUACAGAAAUAACUGCAAUCAUUCAAAACCUUCUGAAAAUGAAAUCUUGUUAAUAUCAAUGGCAAAGAUUUAACCCUUCAGCAGGGGAGUUUUGAACAUUCUAUGAACAUUCUAUUCCAUGUUGAAUUUGGUGACCUCAGAUAUUCUUUACAACAUUCAUUUUACAACAUCACACCUGUGACGGUACCUUCUAGGUGGAAUAGGUUUUUAACAAAUUUGCAACCUGCUCUUCGUGGACUUCUACAGUAGCUGUCCAUUCUGUGCUUAAACAGCCUGGACCAAGCCAAACAUUCCUCUCAACCAAUUGCUUCAGAUAAUGUUGAGCUCAGGUAUCAACAGCCUUUGGCAAGAAUUGUAAACCGUGCCUCUAUUUAUAUAUUUCCUGUUUUCUUGUUUGUUUGUUGGUUGGGUUGUUGGUUGUUUUUUGGGGGUGCCUUUUUAAUUAAAAUAGGACAGUGACUGGAAAUGGGUGGGAGAGAUAGGAGUAGUAUCGGAAAUGAUCACAGGUUCCGGUAUAACAACCUAGUCUAUUUUUGGAUGACACCCUCUCCAUAAUAGCGUAGAUGUAAUUUCCCAGUCCCACACCACAUCUUUCCCAAUCGCUUCCUGUCUGUCUUUGCACUGUCCUACAAUAAAGGCAAAAAAUCCGAAAGAAAAAAAGUUGUAAAUGCAUAUUCUGGUCUUCAAAACUUUACAGAUUGAUGUCAUUUUGGUCCCUAACAAAAAUGUACACAAAUACUGUAGACCAGGGUUUCCUAACCUUUUUUGGCAGGUGACCCUAUUUUAAAGUCACAAAACGUUGGCGACCCCAAUCAUUCACAACAUGUUGUGAGAGAGACCGCAUCUCAUCUUUGCCGUAACAUCCAGUUGAGAGCAGCAUUUUCCCCAAAUGUCCUUGCAAGCUAAUUUUUUUGUUUGACUAACUUGCCUGAUUGUUUUGCUACUUUAAUUUGAACGUUGAUAAAGCAUUAUUGCCCAUGAUGAUCUCAUGCGGGAUGUCUACUUUUAUUUUUACAUUGUAAUGAAAGAUCCGAUUAGUUACUUAACUUGGAUAUCAUGUCAUAUAUUUUUCAUUUAAUGUAUAUACAUUUUAAUGUAAUGUACUGUCAAUUGUAAGAUACCCAAUAUCUCAGCCGACCCCAUUUGGAUUUCAGGCAACCCCACAUGGGGUCCUGACCCCAAGGUCGGGAAACGAUGCCAUAGGUGGAAGGUAGACUGAGACAACUGGGCUUUUAUUGAUUCAUUUCUUUAGUCAUUAAUCUCCUGCUGCUGUACAGGUGCUAUAUCAGGCAACACUCAGAUUUAGUAGGUAUAAGGAAAUCAGAAAUGUUUUCUAUUUGUUGCUCUGUAGAAUGUGAGAAAUGUUCUGUAAU